AUGCUAGCAGGUAACGAGCAUUGUCCAUCUUGGAUGAAGGUACCUGUGGACACCACUGGGAGGCGAGGCCCAGAAUUUGCCUGUCCGGUUCCGGUGCCCACGGGCACUACUACCUUCAGGCCAGAUGUAGUCCUAAGCCUGAGGAAGAAGGUAGGAGAGGGAAAUCUUCUUCUCUACCUCGACAAGAAGCUACAUAUUAAUAUGUUAGCAAAGGACACCCCUGAGCCGAAGUGUUUUGUGAACAGGUGGGCACCCCGGCAGUUGCCACGGGAUUCGGAUAGCCACAGCCGACUGGUACCCACCCGUGACCACUCACUUGGUCGGCCCAGCAGUGCUGCUGGAGAGAAACGGCUUCCUGUUCAGAUGGACUUCGGUUCUCCCGCAGUACAGCGGUACCAGGACAUCCCAAGAGGAACCUCUGGACAGAGGUUGGUUGCGUCAGGAGAGAACUUGUAGCUCACUCCUUGGCAACCACUUAAGGGGGAGGUGUGGCAAACUUGCUCAUCCUUGUUGGAGCGGAGUCCCCCUUUACACGCUGUUUUUCAUGCAUACCUUAAAUCACUCCUCACAUCCCCCCUGCAUUCCUGUAAGGCAAACGUUAGCUUCUGGCAGAUGGUGUGGGGGUCAACC